AGUUGUCAAAAAAUAUUUUUUAUUCCGUUAUUUUAUUAUUGUUCUGAUAUCAUUGCUCAUAGUCACUUUCAGGCCGUCACUAUGUCAUACGAUUAACAAACGAUGGAAAAUGAUUCGAAUCAGGAAGAAAUCUCAAAAGAUAACGUAGAACUAGAGGAAACCAAAACAAAACGAUGUAGAUUACCUCGCGGACAAAUCCAGGCGUCCAAGCGACUCUGUGCCAAAGAAGAGAGAAAUGCCUGUGUCAAAAAGGUGUCCUCAAUACUCCAAAAGAUCGAAGGCGACAGAACUUUGGAAGAUAAUAAGGUGUUGCGAGAGUGCGGAGAUGUUGUUGACGACGUACUGGGACGUUGGAAGAGGAGGGAGGAAGCUAAACGAAGACUGGAAGAGUUGGAAGAUCCGGCUGACGUUUUGAAAGAAAAAUGCCAUAUUCUUGCCCAGGCGAUAGCUCAGUCGCAACACCUAGUCGUGUACACAGGGGCAGGCAUCAGCACCUCGGCAAAGAUACCUGACUACAGAGGUUCUAAUGGUAUUUGGACAAGAUUACAACAAGGAAAAGAAAUUGGGAACCACGAUUUGACCCUAGCAGAACCUACCUUCACCCACAUGGCCCUGUCUGAGCUCUACCGGCGAAACAUUCUGAAAUAUGUUGUGUCUCAGAACUGCGACGGGCUGCACCUCCGUUCGGGUCUACCGAAAACAGCCCUGUCGGAACUCCACGGCAACAUGUACAUAGAGGUGUGCAAGCACUGCAAACCACACCGGGAAUAUUGGCGGCUUUUCGACGUGACGGAACACACCGCCAGGUACGCUCACAAAACUUUCAGGAAAUGUUACAAGUGCAACGAGCCCUUGGUGGAUUCCAUAGUUCAUUUCGGUGAAAGGGGCAAGCUGCAGUGGCCUUUGAAUUGGUCGGGGGCUUGCAAGAAUGCGGCGAAGGCCACUACCAUUCUGUGUCUGGGGUCCAGUCUCAAGGUCUUGAAGAGGUACCCGCGGCUGUGGCAGAUGGACAAGCCGGCGAAAAAACGACCAAACUUGUACAUAAUCAAUCUCCAGUGGACGCCAAAAGACGAUUUCGCCAACGUCAAAGUUAACGGUAAGUGCGACGAAGUCAUGAAAACGGUCAUGGACAUCCUGGGAAUCGACGUACCCAAGUACGACAGGCAGAGGGACCCCAUAUACGUUCACGCGUCUCCUCUGCAUCAAGAAGAACUGCACACCACGACGCAGCCCUUCCUGAAGAAGGAAAAACUCGAAACAGAGCCCUUAGUACAAAGUGAUUUAGUAAACAAAGACUGUACAGGUGACAGGAAACCCGAUCUCGCUAAUAAAUUAAUUUCAGGUGACUGUGAUAAACGUAGCAAUAAGUGUAGGAGUCUUCCGGAUCUCUCGGUCGCAAGAGAAGGUGAUUCCGAUGCCGCUGGUGUUCGACCACAGCUGGACAACGGGGGCGACUAUUUCCUCGGUCCCAAGCUCUUCGAUUAUACUUUGUUCCAGGACGCUUGCCAGGAAUUUUUCCACUACCCGUACCAGACCAGUUUUCUGUAUUCGGGUCUGCACAGCAUCAUCAAACCACUGCCAGUUUACGACGAACUCUUCUUCGACUGCGACGCCAACGAAAACUCUUGCGAGUUUUGCAUGAAGAGCUUCGUUUCUUCCACGUGCUUGUUUUACUCCAGGUCGGAACCGGUGUUCCUCAAGAAGCAGUCGAGGUACAGCAAGACGGAGCAGCGGACGAAGGAGCUUGUCUGUUUGUGCUGUGACUACUCCACGGACGAGGAUGAUUCCGAAGUCGGCGACAGAGAUCAAAGCAAGGGCAAGAUCCAGGCUGGGUGGUUCGGGAAGGGGUAUCGCAAGGGGAAAAGGACGAAACGGAGGAGCGUUUAGGUUGGUGGCGAGUCGUUUCGAGAGUUGUUCGUUUGAUGGCCGAUAGAUGGCGUUACUAGUUGUCGUGGUCUCGAUGGAUUGUGGGGGAUAGUCGUCUGAUGUCUGUUAGCAGCGCUUUAUAAUGAGGGGUGGGAAUAUUGAAGUAGUCACGAAUAUAGUUUCAAGGUGAAGAAUUUGGUUAUGUUGAUUUCAAUUUUUUCGGUGUCUUUUUUUUAAACAUUCAUGAUCAUACCGGGAUAUUAUUCGCUCCCGACUGCUCAUAACAAAAAGGUUCACUUGUGGGAAGGACGAAAUUUGUCAAAAGUAAAAGCAAUAAAAAUGAAAAUUUCCACGAUUCUUCAAGAUGAACCCAAAUGAUUAAUGUCAAGACAAACAAAUCUUGUUUUUGUCUGAAAUUUGUUUGAACUAAUUUCAUUUUUACUCAUCCCUCUGUAACUUUGUCGAUUUUGGAAGAUUGCAGGUUCAUAGGACAUUUCAAUUUGAUAAGACUAGCAUAAACUAAAUUUCAGAAACUCAGUAGAAAGCUAACUCCUGCUUCAUACCAAAAGAAGAUUGAAGAUUAACGUCGUAAUUUUGAGUUUAAACUCGAAAUUUCGAGAUUUUAGUUGAAAUUUCAAAUUUAAAGUCAUAAUUUCCAGUUUAAAAUCGCAAUUUCCAGUUUUUAGUCGUAAUUUCCAGUUUAAAGUCGUGAUUUCGAGUUCGUGAAGUUCUAAUUGAAGAUUAACGUAAUUUUGAGUUUAAACUCGAAAUUUCGAGAUUAUAGUUGAAGUUUCAAGUUUAAAGUCAUAAUUUCCAGUUUAAAGUCAUAAUUUCCAGUUGAAAGUCGUAAUUUCCUGUUUAAAUUCGUAAUUUCCAGUUUAAAGUUGUAAUUUCAAUUUCGUGAAGUCCUAAUUGAAGAUCAACGUCGUAAUUUUGAGUUUAAACCCAAAAUUUCGAGAUUAUAGUUGAAAUUUCAAGUUUAAAGUCAUAAUUUCCAGUUUAAAGUCGUAAUUUUCAGUUUAAAGUCGUGAUUUCGAGUUCGUGAAGUCCUAAUUGAAGAUCAACGUCGUAAUUUUGAGUUUAAACCCAAAAUUUCGAGAUUAUAGUUGAAAUUUCAAGUUUAAAGUCAUAAUUUCCAGUUUAAAGUCGUAAUUUUCAGUUUAAAGUCGUGAUUUCGAGUUCGUGAAGUCCUAAUUGAAGAUCAACGUCGUAAUUUUGAGUUUAAACUCGAAAUUCGGAGAUUAUAGUUGAAAUUUCAAGUUUAAAGUCGUAAUUUCCAGUUUAAAGUCGUAAUUUCGAGUUCGCGAAGUCCUAAUUGAAGAUUAACGUCGUAAUCUUGAGUUUAAACUGGAAAUUUCAAGUUUAAAGUGGUAAUUUUGAGUUUAAAGUCGUAAUUUAGAGUUUGAAGUGUCAUUACCAAUUAAAAGUCUUAAUUUAGAGUUAAGCAAUUUUGAGUUCAAACAUGAAAUGAAUUGUAAUUUCGAUUUUGAAAUCCUGAUUUCUAGUUUGAAGUCAUAAUUUAGAAUUUGUGAAGUCCUAAUUUUGAGUUGAAACGCUUAUAUUGAAAAUUAACGUCAUAAUUUUAAGUUUGAACACGAAAUAAGUCGUAAUUUGAAGUUUGAAGUCGUAAUUUCGAGUUUAAAGUCCUAAUUUAUAGUUUGUGAAGUCCUAAUUUUGAGUUGAAACCCGUAAAUUGAAGAUUAGCGUCGUAAUUUUGAGUUCAAACUCGAAAUUUCGAGAUUAUAGUUGAAAUUUCAAGUUUAAAGUCGUAAUUUCGAGUUUAAAGACGUAAUUUUGAGUUAAAAGUUGUUAUUUUGAGUUUGAAGUCGUACUUUUGAGUUAAAAGUCGUUAAUUUUGAGUUAGAAGUCGUAAUUUCGAGUUUAAAUACGUAGUUUUGAGUUUAACGUCGUAAUUUCGAGUUUAAAGUCGUAAUUUUGAGUUAAAAGUUGUAAUUUUGAGUUUGAAGUCGUAAUUUCGAGUUUAAAGUCGAAAUUUUGAGUUUGAAAACGAAAUUUCUGGUUUUAAGUCGGAAUUUCGAGUACAUAGUCAUAAUAAUAAAAACGUGUGGCCCUUCUGUGCUUUCCUAAUUAUUUCUUUAACUUUUCAUUUUACUAAAUUUUAUCGUUAAUAUUUUACUUAUUUUUAUAACAUCCAUCUAACCUAUAUUGUUAAUUUAUUACCAAUUCAGAUCCCAAUAAUUUUCCUUCUCUACAAUUUAGCAUACUCAUAUCUUUAUGAGUUAUUCUGUUAAUUAUUAUGUCCCAGAUUGAAUCUGCAAGUUUCUGAAAUUGUUAAUUGGAUUUGUUAUCAUUGUCUUGAUUUUUUGUUCUGCAAUUGUCAUCUAAACCCUUAUUUAAUUACAGCAAACUCUAAUUGUUGGAAAUCUCUCGAAUAACUUUUAAUUUAUAUAUUAUCCAACAAUGUGUAGUUCUUGUUUAAUUAGAUUGGUUUCGAAAGGUAAUGUUGAGCGACUAGAUUUCGACGACCAGCCUAGGUCAAUUUUUUGUGUCGGACAGAUACUUUAUUGUAUUUCGUCAUUUUAAAUUUCAUGCAGUAUUAACUUUAUACAUUUUUUUUUACAUUAUUUUGCUGACUGUGCAGUAUGUUGAACUUUUUAUAUUUAUUUUUUAUACUGUAGUACAAAUAAAUGUGUGUGUUGUAA